GUGGAACAGAAUGACUCGGAAGAUUUUGAAAGGAACCUCAAAGCAGCCAACCAAGGAGACAUUAAUUCUCAGUAUAAUCUAGGCGAGAUGUACUAUCGGGGCCAAGGAGUGGCUCAAGAUUACUCAAAAGCGUUUGACUGGUACCUCAAGGUAGCCGACCAAGGAUAUGCCCAUUCUCAGACAAUGCUAGGCGAGAUAUACUAUUUUGGCAAAGGAGUACCUCAAGAUUACUCAAAAGCGUUUGACUGGUACCUCAAGGCAGCCAACCAAGGAUAUGCCCAUUCUCAGUGUAAUCUAGGCGAGAUGUACUAUCGGGGCCAAGGAGUGGCUCAAGAUUACUCAAAAGCGUUUGACUGGUACCUCAAGGCAGCCAACCAAGGAGACAUUAAUUCUCAGUAUAGUCUAGGCGUGAUGUACUAUCGGGGCCAAGGAGUGACUCAAGAUUACUCAAAAGCGUUUGACUGGUACCUCAAGGCAGCCGACCAAGGAUAUGCCCAUUCUCAGACAAUGCUAGGCGAGAUGUACUAUUUUGGCAAAGGAGUACCUCAAGAUUACUCAAAAGCGUUUGACUGGUACCUCAAGUCAGCCAACCAAGGAGACAUUAAUUCUCAGUAUAGUCUAGGCGUGAUGUACUAUCGGGGCCAAGGAGUGGCUCAAGAUUACUCAAAAGCGUUUGACUGGUGCCUCAAGGCAGCUAACCAAGAGUGUGCAUCGUCUCAGUAUGAGCUAGGCGAGAUAUACUAUUUUGGCAAAGGAGCGCCUCAAGUUGAUUCGAAAGCUGCCGAGUGGUAUGUCAGGGCAGCGUUUCUUGACGAGCUAGACCGGAUGGUUGCUGAGGGUAGGUAUAGCUGGGAUUCUGAGUCAGAUGAAGAAGACAAUACUCAGUUUAAGCAAGCUACAGUGCAGGCUGAAGAUGAAGGCAUUCCUAAAGAUCGCUCAAAAGGUAGUGACCAGGCUAUCGAGGUCGAGCAAGGCUUUGAUGACACUCAGAUGGAACUAGAUGAUUCGUAUGAGGGCGGUAAAGAGGUCCUAUAA